AUGUACGUGCACGGUUUGAUACGAGCUAGCCUUGGAUUUGUUGGCUUCUGCUUAGUCGCCUUUGUCCAACAGUCCGCAUCAGGAAGUAAAACCAGCCAAGAUGUGGACGAGUGCGCAGAGGCCCUUGACAAUUGCAGCAUCGAUGCCAUUUGCCAGAACACACUGAAAUCCUAUAAAUGUAUCUGCAAGUCUGGCUACAAAGGGGAUGGGAAGCAUUGUGAAGAUGUCGAUGAGUGUGCGACCGAAUACAACGGUGGCUGUGUCCAUGAGUGCAUCAACAUCCCAGGAAAUUACAGGUGCACAUGCUAUGAUGGCUUCCGCUUGGCACAUGAUGGGCACAAUUGUCUAGAUGUAGACGAGUGUUCAGAAGGGAACGGCGGAUGCCAGCAGAUCUGUGUCAACAUGAUGGGCAGCUACGAAUGUCGCUGCAGGGAAGGAUUCCUCCUGAGUGACAAUCAGCAUACCUGCAUCCAAAGGCCAAAAGUACGACCGGAAGGAACAAAGGACGGACCCAGCUGCAUGGACAAGAAUCAUGGCUGCGCACACAUCUGCAGGGAAACACAGAAGGGUGGCAUCUCCUGCGAAUGUCGACCUGGAUUCCAGCUCACCCGUAACACGAAGGAUUGCAAAUUGACAUGUAACUAUGGGAAUGGUGGUUGCCAGCACAUCUGUGAAGAAACGGACCAUGGCCCCAAGUGCUCGUGCCAUAUAAAGUUUGUCCUACACACUGAUGGGAAGACUUGUGUUGGGGAGAGGAGUGUCCAGUCCCAGGCAGCCCCACAGCUGUUCCCUAAUGAGACCUGUGCUGUCAACAAUGGUGGCUGUGAUAGCACAUGUCACGAUUCAGUGACGGGAGUUCGCUGCAGCUGUCCUGUUGGAUUCACGCUGCAGCCAGACCGCAAGACCUGCAAAGACAUUGAUGAGUGCCGUCUUAACAACGGGGGUUGUGACCACGUGUGUCGGAACACAGUAGGCAGCUUUGAGUGCAGCUGCAAGAAAGGCUACAAGCUGCUGACCAAUGAGCGGACAUGUCAAGACAUUGACGAGUGCUCCUUUGACCGGGCCUGUGACCAUUUCUGUGUCAACUCUGCUGGAAGUUUCCAGUGCCUUUGUCAUAAGGGCUAUGUCCUCUAUGGCCUGGCGCACUGCGGAGAUAUUGAUGAAUGCAGUAUAAACCGAGGAGGUUGUAAAUAUGGCUGCAUUAACACUCUGGGGAGUUAUGAGUGUACCUGCCCACCUGGAUACAAACUGCACUGGAACAGAAAGGACUGUAUUGAAUUGGUGAAAUGUCCUCCAGGCCUUGUCGCCCCUAAGGCUACUCUCACCUGUAGCAAAACGGGCAAGAAAGAGAGCUGCUCGCUCACUUGUGCCUCCAAGGCACACUACCUGGCAGAGUCUGACAACAGUUACUCGGUUAGCUGCGGCAUCCCUAUCGUCCGAGGGAAGACCCCCAUCAGGCUCAACUCCAGUAGCAGCCAAAGCUGCAUAGAGACUUUGGCGCCUCCAGUGAAGCAGACGGCAUCUUUCAAGAUUAAAAACGCCAAAUGCCACCUGCACCCUAAAUUGACUGGCAGGACAGAAGACCGGGGACGGACCCUUGGACCAGGUGGUGGUCAGCCCUGUAGUAACUGCUUAGUGACAUUUGUCAAUCUCAAAUGUGACUCAUCCAAGAAAGCAAAAGGGCGGCGUGCUCGCAACCCUACUAACAAAGAGGUAACUCGCAUUACUUUGGAGUUGGAAGCAGAAGUCAAAGCUGGAGACACGACAGGAAGUUGUAACCUCAGCUGCCUUAGACAACGUAUGGAGAAACAAGUAAAGACCUACAUCAAGGCUCUGAAGAAGUCCAUUAAUCAAGAACGCUUCCUGAUCCGAGUCGCUGGUUUGGAAUACGAGGUCGCCCAAAAACUUCCCCAGGCUGUGCCCAUUCAAGAGAACUGCAGUCCAGGCUCUGAAAAGGACAGUGGGCGAUGCGUCAGGUGUUUGCCAGGCUCAUACUACCACGGUGAGCAAGAGCGUUGUGUCCAGUGUCCGCCUGGAACUUUCCAAGAGAGGGAGGGGCAGCUGGCAUGCGACCUGUGUCCGGGCAGUGACGGGCACGGGCCUGUUGGAGCCCGAAACAUUUCAUCGUGCGCAGGUCAAUGUCCCACUGGGUUUUUCUCAGGCGACGGUUUCAAACCUUGCCAGCCGUGCCCACAGGGCACAUACCAACCUGAUUUGGGUCGGACAUUGUGCUUCCCUUGCGGGGGCGGACUGAGCACCAAGCGUGAGGGUGCCAGCUCCUUCCACGAUUGCGAGGUCAAAGUGCAGUGUUCCCCAGGUCAUUACUACAACACCACAGUGCACAGGUGUAUCCGCUGCCCAGUUGGAACCUAUCAGACAGAGUUUAGGCAGAACUACUGUAUUUCAUGCCCUGGAAAUACCACCACAGAUUUUGAUGGUGCCACUAGUGUCUCUCAGUGCAAGAACAGGCAUUGCGGCGGAGAAAUGGGUGAGUACAUGGGCUACAUCGAGUCCCCUAACUACCCUGGCAAUUACCCGGCAAAUGUGGAGUGCAUUUGGAACAUCAACCCGCCCAGCAAACGCAAGAUUCUCAUCGUGGUGCCGGAGAUCUUCCUGCCCUCAGAGGACGAAUGCGGAGAUGUUUUGGUGAUGAGGAAGAACUGGUCAGCUACAUCUAUCACCACCUAUGAAACAUGUCAGACGUAUGAGCGGCCCAUCGCAUUUACGGCGCGCUCCAGGCGCCUCUGGAUUAACUUCAAAUCCAAUGAGGCCAACAGUGCCAGGGGCUUUCAGAUUCCUUAUGUGACUUAUGAUGAGGACUAUGAACAGCUGGUUGAGGACAUUGUACGGGAUGGAAGACUUUACGCUUCUGAAAACCAUCAAGAAAUUCUCAAGGAUAAAAAACUGAUAAAGACUCUUUUUGAUGUUCUGGCUCACCCAAACAACUACUUCAAGUACACCACUAGGGAGUCCAACGAGAUGCUCCCCCGAUCCUUCAUUCGCCUCAUAAGUAGCAAAGUCUCUGCUUUUCUGCGACCAUACAAGUAA